AUGACGACUGUUUGCAGUCUGCCAGGAUGUUUCCAUUUGAGUUUAUUGGCGGGACUGCUGGGGUAUACUGGGACCCUAGGUGGGGUACUCGCGGCCACAAAUCCUCUUAUCUCCAACUCCAAUCUUGUUCGUUUGCUCCAGUAUUUAAUUUGGAGCCCUGUAUCUAAUCUUUCCAAUCACUCGGGCCCCGUCCUUUCGAACAAAUUCAAAUCCAUCUAUCCACCAGUCGCGUUCCUCCUCGCCGCGGCCGCCACUUGGCAGCCGGCACCCUCCGCACUGGCGCCGGCGCCGGCGCCAGCCUGCCACGGUGGCGCAAGGGCGGAGCAGGCGGAGGUGGAGUUCGUGCGCGGCUGCUGCGCGCGCACGCUCUACCCGCGCCUCUGCCACGCGGGGCUGGCCCCGCACGCGGCCUCCGUCCACUCCAGCCACGCGCGCCUCGCGGUGGCCUCCGCCAACCUCACGCUCGCGGCCCUCGGCGCGCUCGCCGCGCGCAUCCCGCCGCCGGGCCCCGGCGCGCCCUCCGGCGCGCUCGGCGACUGCGCCAAGGCCGCCGCGUCGGCCGUGGACCAGGCGGCGCGCGCGGCCGAGCGGCUGCGCGGGGUCGAGCAGGCCGUGGGCCUCGAGGUGCUCUGGCGCGUGGACGACGCGCUGACGUGGCUCAGCGCCGCCAUGACCAACGAGGACACGUGCGCCGACGGCCUGUGGCCCCGGAAAUCCGCGCCGGCGCCGGUGCGGGCCGAGCUGCGCGCCAGGGUGCGCCGCGCCAAGCAGUACACCAGCAUCGCUCUCGCGCUCGUCAACAUGUUAGUCGGCAAUAAUCCAAGAAGUUAGCCAGACGCCCGAACCUUGGUCGCUUAUCAGUUAUCCACCAUCGUUUUGAG